AUGAAAUUUAUUAAGAAAUGUUUGAAAUAUUAAAGGCUUCAAUUAUAAUAUUUGAUUGGACAUACCUAGGUAGCAUUAGAAUAGGAAAACAAAAUAUUUUGGACAGUGUGCGAAUUCAUUAGAAUGUUUUAAACCAUCGCUCUAGUUUUACUAUAUAAACAUAUUAUUCGAAUGCUUAAUACUAAUAUUGAAUUUGAUUAGCCAUCUUCGAGUUAGGAUAAGGUUGAACUGUUAUGUAGAAUUACGAUGCCUACCAUUUUGGUAUAAGAAUAUUUGUCCUUAGAACAAAUUAUAUAUUUCUAAAUAAUAUUUUUGGCAUCACUCUUUUUAAUGUUGCUCAUCAACGUGGUUGCAUUGAGAUUGGAGUAUAUACAUUUUAAACAAAUAAAAUUUCAAAAUAAGCGGACAUUUAACAAAGUAGAUGGCAAUAGUUUUUGUAAUGAUUAUUAACUUAUUUUGUAGAAUCGCUUAAUCUAUUGAAUAGCACCUACAAUAACAAUGAUUUUACAGAGCAUUUCCUAUUGAAACAACUAAUGGGCACCGACAAUGGAUCCCUUAUUGAAUUGCAAUUACUGCGAACCUCAAUAUUAACCAAUUAUUUCACGCACAUCAUGUUCCUACCUUAAAUUUAUUGGGUUGCCAUCAUAUUCUAUCGAAUCCACAAACAAACCAAUUACUCAAUAGGACUGUUUAUUUUAAACUUUACACUCAACUCAAUUUAACUGCUUUUUCUCAUAAUAUUAGAAACUUUAUCUUUGUACAUGUAAUAAUCCUAUCGACUUAAAGACACCAAUUAUUUGAGAUUGAGAAUAACCACUUCGUUUAAAAUAGGACAGAUGCUGAGAAUCAUUCCGACUCUAAUAUACUUUAGCGUACUUUACAUAGUAGAACCAAUGACCAUAUACAACAACUUAGUAUUUGAGCAAGUGUUGUCAUGUUUUGGAAUUUUGAAUUUGAUAUUUGAUCUCCAAGAUCAAUCCUUCAAUAUCCCGUUUGUUUAGCCCUAUAAAAUCUAUGUAUUUCACUUGGCAUUUUCAUUGGCGUUUUGUUUGUCCUUUUUAAAACUGUUGCAGUUACACAUAAAUGACAUAAUAACAUUGUCAAUGAUGAUAUCUCCUUGUAUGUGCAAGAUGCUCAACCAAUUGACAGACUUCAAUUUCAAGAAAAUAAUAACUCAUACCUUGCAUCCAGAGAAUAUUCCGCCUAAAUAAAAGAUUUUGAAACGAAAUUCCCAAUCAAUAACCAAAUCCCUUAUCGUUAAUGACGAUGUUCAUCAAAUUGAAAGGCAGAUCUGCUUAUAGAAAUUAGAGCAAGUGAGUAUGAUUAGACUUACAAAUUACAAGUAUUUCCUACAAUUCCUGAGACUCUAUGAGUUACUGUGUAUUAAUUAGCAGCAUGUAUAUCAAACAACAGAUGUUUUCAAUCCCAACAAAUCAAAGUUCCUAAUGCAAUGCUUCAUUCUAAUAAAAACUCACAUUGAACUAUGCAAUAAUGUGUACUGUUUUUGCAGAGGAUUUUGGGGAGAGAAGAAACAGACUCUCUCUGUAAACUUACAAAAAUAGGAUAUGAAAAUCUUCUCUGAUUACACUUGUAAGGGUCUAACCAUUUCAAUAGACUUGAUCGAUAGAUACAUUCGAUAUUACAUUAAACUUAUUUUGAAUAUAGAAAUAUAUGUCACACAACCUAAUUUAACAUACAUAGCUCAGUUAAUCAGUUUUCUAAGCAAAUCAGAAGAGUCAUUACAGGCAUGGCUAUAAGUUAUGGAGGUAAAGCUCUAAUUGCAAGAGUAAAAAAAGCCAUUUGAUGAAAUAACUACCAAUCUGAUAAUAAGUUACUCUAAAUAUCAAACACUGUUUAGAGCGUAGUUUUAUUUGAAUGACAAAUCCAUCAGGAAGACUAUCCUAUACGGAGAUUAUAGGAACACUGAGUUGCAGAGAAGUCUGUUUAUACAUAAAUUGAUGCAGAGUCUGGAUGUAAAGAAGAGUUACUUAAUCAGAUUAGGGAAUAAUAAGCAAUCAUACGAAGAGGUUCAAUAACUUUACAUUGAAUCCAACUCUUACUUCCUGCAACUACAAAGUGAAUUGCAAGAAUUUCAUGAUCAAUCGCAAUGUCGAACUUCUUGUUUGCUGAUGAUGCUGUACUAUUGUGAAGUUCGUUGUGAUUACCUGCAGUUUUAGAAGUAUAAGAAUGUAACUCUAUUUACUAUAUUUUUUAGUAUCUCAGAACAAAGGACGUUAAGUUUUUUGAGUUCCCAAUUAUGUUUAAUGCUCCUCAAAACAUUUGUUAUUUGAAGGUGAAUUUGUCAAGAUUCUCAAAACACAAGUGUCGAGGCGAAAUCUUAUCAAGAUCAGAAAACUCAUUUACGUUUUUUGGAUUCGAAUCCAAGGAUGAUUUCCUACGUCAACGAGUUACUGUUCAUGAGUUAGUGCCACGUUUGAUUUCCUCGGUGCACAACACGAUUAUUGAGUUAUUUCUAAUGAGCAAUCGACCUAAUGUAAUCAGAAAGGAGAGGUACCUUAUAGCGGAGAAGACCAACCAAGAGAUCGUUUUCAUUGAGAUGUUUAUAGACUUGUGCUUUGUGAUUACUGGCACUGAGUUUCCGGUGUAUUGUUUCAUGCAAGAAAUCAAGCCAGUUGGAGUCUUCGAGAAUAUAAGGGGACACAUAAUUGUGGACGACUAUGAAAUCAUUCAAGGCAUAAGCUCCUUAGCUUACCAAUCUUUAUUCCUGGAUUCGCCAAGUGAAAUCUGCAAUAGGGAGAUUUCAGAAUUCUAUGGAGAUUUCACUGAAAUUGCCUAGAGACUUAAUCAAAUGAUGGACACAAAAACCAGUAGAUACAGGGGCAUGACUUAAUCGGUGGUCAGCUAGUAGGGCAUUCAAUAGAAGGAUGCGAAUUCGGUGUAUAAUCAUUACAAGUUGAAAUUGGAGGAUCAAUUAUUCAUCAUGAGUGAGUAGGACAAGUUCUUUAUUGAUAUGACAGUCACAUUGACGUAUGGGAUUAUCAAUGGGAAAGUUUCAAAAGUAUUGUUAUUUAUUUAUAUUAUAUUUUAAAUAGUACUUUGUCAUUGAGUUUAAUAAAGUUUAACAAAUUGAUAUCACUGAGAAUAAUGACUCCAAUUAAACCAACAGUUUGAAAAGCAGUGUAAAGUAGUCUUAAUAUACUCAAAGAACAAACACCUUAUACGACAUCUAAGACAACGAGAGGAGAAGCAGCGAGGGAUCUAUCAAACUGCAGAAGUACUCAUUUCCCUAGCUCAAUGAACAAUGCAUAACAGUCUCCCAGAAUCAAAUGCAAGGAUUGAAGCAAGAAUAAUCGGAUGACAGAAUCAACAACCAAAAAAAACUGGAGAGGAAAUCCAAGUUCUUCAAUUUCAAAGGAGUUGCCAGGAAGUCUGAUUCUAAUGAACAAUUUAAUAAUGAUCACGAUUCUGGAUCUUCUAAUCACAAGGCGUCGGCGACAUCGCAGAAACAACAAUUAGAUGUUCAAAAGUUCGUUUCAAAAGGUAUGCAAUAUUAGGAAUUCUCGAAUUUUGACUACGAGAAAAUCAUAUUUGUAAUACACAUGAUAAAUGCUUUGAUCCUGGGAAUCAUUUUAGUCUUUCUGCUGCUUUACUAAUUGAAGUUCAAAAGCCAAGCAGAAUCAAUAAUCCCGACCAUUUAAAUUUUACAAGCCUUCAUUACUACUGAUUACACCGACAACAUCCAAUUGUCCCUGAUGUACAAUAAAUAGAAAGAACUCAAUCAGCAGGAUCAAUAUUACCAACACCUAUAGAGGUUAUUGGUAAAGGAUGCCAAAAACUACUUAAUGUACCAAAAGAACUACUUCUUAAAUUAAUAGAUCUAAAAUGUAUUUAGUGACACCUAAGUGCAACAUGAGAGUGAACAGGACACUAGUGCUUGGAAUGCAGCCUUUUACAUCCUCUACAAUCAACUCGACUUUGUACAGGAUCAGAACCAAAAUCAAACCAACUAAUUGCCGACUUAUGUAAAUCUGCUUCUGGACUUCCCAUAUCACAAAACAGCCUAUGAAAAUAUCAAUCAGGCAUUUAGUGAUUACGUUUAGUUGUCUAUUGACAACUUUUCCGAUUCCCAAAAGGCUCUCAUAAUAAUCCUAGUGGUCCUAAGCAUUAUUAUAUCCUUCAUCUCUCUUAUUGUGUAUCAUAACUACUUCAAAUACAUGAAAAAGAUAACCAGAUGCAGUGAGCAGGUGCAAUUUGAUGCACUUGAAUCUGAGAUCAAUAUCUGUGCGACGAUCUUAACCAAUAAAUAAGUAUAUACUCAUUAUCAUCUAGAAAUUGUGUCUUUAUGAUUACAAGAUGGACUUCACAGCAAAUUUCGAUUUUCGAUAGCAUCAAGAAGGUCAGACUCAUUUUUCUAGUUAUAAAGUGAUUAACAGUUCUCAGACUAAUACCAAGCGAUCACUCAAUUUCACAGAUGGCAUUUCGAUAAAAAGAGCAUUGAGCUUUUUGUAUCCUCUAUUUUGUCUGUCAAUCACAUUAAUCUAUUUAGGAGUGACAUACAUGGAUACGGAGAAUGUGAUGUCCGGUUUACAGAAGGAUAUAACCAUAUACAACGAAGGCAUAUUAUUUUAGGAACAGUUUUCGAUGCUCUGUAUUAGUAGUAUAUUGCAAGAGAAUAAGGAUUAUCUAUUCUAGAAGAAGUACAUCACUGCAUCCUAGUUGCAACAAUAUUAUGACUACAUCUCGCCUUCCAUUGUCACCACUCAACAAUUGAGCAAAAUCAUUCGACUGCCAACAGGCAUCAGGAGUGCUGAUGUGAUAGACUCCCUAUCUGUUAACAUUUGCAGUAUCUUCUCGGAUUAGGUGGAUGUGUAAUUAUGCGAACGAUUAGACUAAGGGUUGCUGCAGAAUGGAGUCUUGGAGUCUACGCAAUUCUACAUUAUUCAGUAUAGGAACAACUACGAACUCAAUUAUCAAGACACCUUGGAUUAUAGUACCACAGAGGAUAUCGUCUCAAUCAAUUUCAUCAUCAAAGGCAUCACUAAUUACAUCAACAGAUCUAAGGAAAAUUUGGAAACUUACAUUCAGGAACAAAUUGAUUUAAAAAUGAACUGGUUCAUCUUCAUUUUCACAUUGACAAUUAUUUUGCAAGUAAUCCUAUCCCUUUUGAUUUCAUAAAACCUAAAAUGGAGAUUGAAAUCCUUAAAACAAUUGAUAUACUUAUUGCCUCGUGACACUUUAUAUGCAAAUGAUAGUUUUAUGAAAACACUAAAUUACGUACAAAGACAUCAAAAUGAUUUAUGUUAAUGA